AUGUUGGAACAGAGUGGUUGUACUGGUGUCCUAGACAUGCACAGCCCCAGCAAAGAGGAAGAAUUGGACCACUUACAGUCUGACAGCUCUGAGAAGCCUACAGAUGCAACUCCAGGUGAACCCCACAAUUUUCCUGAAGUGCCUUUGCUCCUCAUUACAGACGAUGAAAACUGGGGUGAAAGUAACGUAAACGACAAAGGCGAUGGGCAUUUUGUGGACUGGGAUAGAAUACUUGACCCGGGCACAUCACCUAAUACUUGCAGGAAUGUGACAUUGAAGAGCUACAAAGAGCUCAAGUACAUGGCCAGGCACGGGGAGUGGGCUGGAAACCACAAAGCAAGAGCUACGGCUUACAAUCAUAUCAUCAAAAAAGUCCAUUGCCGAACUGUUACACCGGAUGCUGAAGUCUACAGAAAUAUUGUUGGCAAAAUAUUUGGGCAAUCGAAUGCUACCUCUCAGCUUCUACCUGACUUUGUGGAGGGCUGCAAUAUGCCAACCUACUUUCUCAACGCAGAAGGCAAGAUCGCAGUGAAGAAGAUUCUGAUCUGCAUUGCUGACCAGUUUCCUGACAUUACCUACUCCCCAAUUCUGCCUGCCAUAGUUGCCCUGUUGCUGCACUACAGCACAGACGAGGCGGAGUGUUUCGAGAACGUCUUCAGGCUUCUUGCUUGCAACGAUCCCAAGAAGCGAUUCAUUGAUCAAACCUUCCUCACCCACGAGUCGUCUUGCAUGACCUUCGGCGAUCUGGCAAGCAAGUACUGCCAAGCUUCUCACAAACUGAUUGCAACACAAUCUCGCAACGCCUUUGAGAUCUACUCCGACUGGCUGAUGUGGAUUUUUGGGGACCUCCCAUUUAAGUACGCCAUUCGUGUUCUCGAUGUCUUCCUACUUGAAGGUUACAAAGCACUUUAUCGCAUUGGUCUCGCCUUAUUAAAGCAAUAUAAGCUCUCGUUGACCUCCAAAGAGGUUGAGAUUCAUGACGUCCAGCUGGACUUGCAGCUUUUCAUGACAAACAUUUCGCAGUACACCACCGUGGACCAGGUCCUAGAGAAAGCUUUCAGCAUCAGACUCUUGUCUUGCAAAGAAAUUCAUCUUCUGCAGCUGGCAAACAAGAAAGCUUUGGCACAGAAAGGCACUGGAAUGCAACAGAAGAGACCGAAUACCUACUUGGCCGUAGACAUGUUGAAUUUCCAGUCGAGUAUUGUAACUGCUCAGGAGAUGCGGAUUGUGUGGUCGUGGAUCCCGGAACGCUUUGCAUUGUUCCAACCACUUUUAUUGUUUACUACCCUGGAACAUGGAUACAGUCUGCAAAGGUUUUAUUCUCAUUGUGAGGGAUACGAGCCAACAGUUUUACUGUUUAAAACAACGAAAGGAGAGAUUUGUGGUGCGUUUCUAACAUCUGACUGGAAUGAAAGAAGGAGAGAGAAUGGACGAGGCACUAAUUUCUUUGGGACGGGAGAAUGCUUCGUAUUUAAUUUACGCCCCGAAACCAAUCGUUACGAGUGGGUGAUAGUUAAACAUCCCAAGAUAACCAAGGCUGCCCAUUCGUCUCUUUGCUCCCGCUCACCCUCAGUAACUUCUUCCCGAUUCUCUCGCUCUCCACCUUGGUCGCAGUCUCCAGGUUCUCCCCGCCGGUUCUCGUCUCCAGUACUUUGCUCAGCCUCUGACCCGACCCCAGAACAGAAUUCCAAUUAUCUGACUGUUCCGACUGUAAUGACGACUGAACGUCUUUCUCCAUUCCUCGCACUCCGAUGCUUCAAACGACCUUCGAAAACUGCCUCCAUGUUCAUGGCAGGAACUAAUAAAUCAAUAAUUAUCGGAGGUGGAAAUGGCCAAGCAUUAAACAUAGAUGCUGACUUGCACCAUGGGAGAACGCAGCGCUGUGACACUUUUGAAAAUCCACCCCUCUGUUCAGAGAACUUUCAGAUCCAGUUUUUGGAGGUGUGGAGCCUCCAGAAUUGACCGACCCUGUGCCAAGGAGGAGUAAAACAUCAGGUGUUUGAACACCACUGUAACUGAGGACAUUUCUGUUACAUUUUA